AUGAUACAAAUUAUGAAUUGGCUUUCAAUGGCCAUUGGGCUUAUACCCUUGAAUCGCCAGCAAUUGCGUUCUAACUAUCUGGUGGACUAUAUAAUGAUGUAUCUAGUGCCGUGCCUGUAUUUAAUGGCAUAUUUCGGAAUCAAUUUGUGGCAAAGUUUUGGACUCUCAUUCUUGGAUGCAUGCAACAGCGUCUGUCGCCUGAGUAACAAUCUCUUUAUGCAUUUGGGCGCUUUCCUAUAUGUAACCAUAUUUGUUUUGAGUUUAUAUCGCCGCAAGCAGUUCUUUGUGGAUUUUGAAACGCAUAUUGCCGAGAUCGAUGUCGUCAUACAGAAAUGUCGUCGCGUUGCCGAAUUAGACAAGAAUCGUGAUAAGGCCGUCAAACAUAGCGUUGCCUACCAUUUCACUUGGCUCUUUGUUUUUAGCGUAUUCAUCUUUGCCUUGUAUUACGAUUCCACCGAAUUGUAUGCAACCUUUGCUGAGUAUGCGAUAAUACCGUUCAUGGUAUCAAGUUUUCCAUAUCUGGCUGGAAGCAUCAUUCAAGGGGAAUUCAUCUAUCAUGUGUCUGUCAUUUCGAAUCGCUUUGAGCAAAUUAACACGCUGUUCGAGAAAAUUAACCAGGAGGCACGUCGUCGUCAUGCCCCGCUCACAGUAUUCGACAUUGAGAGCGAGGGAAAGAAGCAGGAGAGGAAGACGGGGGCAACUGUAGCAAUUGCAACCAAAUCAGCAUUUGGCAUAGAACAAAAACUGGCAGAUGAAAUGAAACGUCAGAAGCCGCAACAGUCGGAGCAUGAGGAUGACGAUGAAAUGAAUACCAGUGAUGAGGAGGACGAUGAUAUUUUUGAUUACAACGAUGACAAUACGAACGAGAAUACUGAGAGCACCUCGGAGGCCAAUUUGCCGGAUCUGUUUAAACUGCACGACAAAAUUCUAUCGUUGAGUGUGCUUACCAAUGGAGAAUUUGGACCACAGUGUGUCCCAUAUAUGGCUGCCUGUUUUGUGGUCAGCAUUUUUGGCAUAUUCCUCGAGACGAAGGUCAAUUUCAUCGUCAGUGGCAAAAGUGCAGUGUUGGAUUACAUGACCUAUUUGUAUGUCAUUUGGAGCUUUACCACAAUGGUUGUGGCCUACAUUGUGUUGCGUCUCUGUUGCAAUGCCAACAAUCAUUCCAAGCAAUCGGCAAUGAUAGUGCAUGAGAUCAUGCAAAAGAAACCAGCUUUUAUGCUCAGCAAUGAUCUCUUCUACAACAAAAUGAAGUCCUUCACCUUGCAGUUCCUUCACUGGGAGGGAUACUUUCAGUUCAACGGCAUCGGACUCUUUGCCCUCGACUACACAUUCAUAUUCUCGACUGUCAGCGCAGCCACAUCCUAUUUGAUCGUCCUGCUGCAGUUUGACAUGACGUCCAUAUUGCGCAGCGAGGGUCUUAUGACAUAA